UCAAGCUGCCAGCAGCUGUAGCUAGGACCGUCCGUGCACUCUUUAGGGCAGACACUUUAGCCCGGAAGUUUCAAUGGGUGCUUGCUGCUGUGGUUCCGAAACCGCCACUCAUCCAGAGUCCACGACGCGCUUUCAAAAAGGAGGUGCGAAUGACUUGUCCUGUGGCCCGGUGCAAAACCGUUCCUGUACCGAUCUUUGGUGCUUGCCGUUCCUUUUGGUCGCUUGGGUGGCCUAUCUCGUCGUCACCUUUGCGGGCUUUGCAGACGGAUAUCCUGCGAAGCUUUACCUGCCACGCGACUUCAGUGGGGCGUACUGCAGCGUGGAAUCGAAUUGGAAUGGAGGUCCCAACACUUUGGACUACAAAUAUUUGGGCUUCACCAUGAAUGUUACGGCAACCACCGACUUGAUCGUGAAGCAACUCCUAUGCUCCAGCGCGGGUGACAGUGUGAUCCAAACCUUGGGCCUCUCGAGCUCCUCUUAUGAUGCCUAUCAGUGCGCGUGUUGCAUGGUGCCGUGCGACUCGUGCCGAAGCAGCUACCAAUUUAGUGACAUUACCAGCGUUAGUUCUUUGCAGAGUACAGUUCAAGGGAAGAUGGAGGAGCUGAGGGGCUCAGUGAGCGCAGGGAGCUUGUUCAGCCCAGCGGGGAACAAUGGGGAUGUCUUCACCAACAUGUGGCAAGAAGCCACCAAGUACUUCAACCCAGUGUGCUUACCAGAUUGCAACACCAACUUCGACACCGCCAACAGUAGCACCAGCGCCCGAUCCUGGACUUACGAGAUGGCGGCAGACAACCCACUGGCGACCUACUGGGAGAUGCUGAAGACCAGCGGCGCCUUGCAGGCUACGAUCAAUGACCAGUUCACCUUCAAGGCACUGCCCUUGUCGCAUUGCCCCUACGGGCCCUCAAAGUGUGUCCCGAUGCCGGGCGUGGAGUUCAACGCAGAGCCCUUGAACUAUUGCUCCUUCAAGAUGUCCUCGGACGUCAUCAGUGCGAUCGGAAGCGGUGCGGCCUCCACGCUGGAAAACUUGGGGAGCGCAGUCUUUACUGAGAGCGAGACGUUUGGAAAGCUCGUGGGCGACUUCGAAAGGGCCAUUGAUGCCUUCUUGCUGACGGCCUUUUGCUGCUUCAUUAUUGGAUUUAUCUACAUUGUCCUCCUCCGGUUCCUGAUUGGCCCCUGCGUUUGGUGCGCUGUCCUGUUGGUGCAACUCUCUUUGAUCCUUGGGGGCGCGGCCUGCUACAUCAAGAGCUUCCAAUGUGCUGGUUCCAGCAUUUUUGAGACUGGCCAGCAAGUGGCGGUCGCCGUCACGGUCACAGUGCAGGUGGCGGCCACCAACGCGGCCACUGGCUCGGAGGCCACCAGCGAAGCUCUCACGGGAGAUGGGGCAGAUUACGGAGGCGUCCAGUACCGCACAAAGAGCGGUUACGCCUGUGAGACCUGGGGUUCGGGCGUGGCCUCCAGUUACACGAACCCGCCUUACACCACGCUGGCUGGAGCCCAGAACUACUGCCGCAACCCGUAUGUGGCUACCCAGACCAACAAAGCGAGCACCAUUUGGUGCUUCACCACGGAUCCACAGACAAGGUGGGAGGAGUGCACGCCGGUGGGCGUGAUCCAGCCGGUGUGCGCCUCGGGGUACGCCGUCACCAGCGAGGAGGUCCGCAAGGUCUUAGAGAUCGCAGGUUAUGUGGUUUGGGGCUUUGCCUUCAUUUACUGGCUCUUGGUUUGUUGCUUCUUCGAUCGGAUCCAGCUGGCCAUUGCCGUGAACAAAGUGGCCGCCACCUUCGUGUCCCACACCAUGCGCAUCAUUGGGGUGCCCAUCGUUCAAGCAGUGGUGGGGAUCCUAUGGAUCCUCUUGUGGGGCGUUUCAGUGAGCUUCCUCGUCUCACAGGUGCCAGCGGACUACACCCCCACAGGUGCCUACACGACCUACCUUGAGGCUUAUGGUUCGACGAACACCACCGGCGCUUGUACAGACAAGUGGCCCACCGGCUCUGUAUACAAGGACGAGGACAACUGCACCACCAUUGAUGGCGUGCCGGCAUGCUGGAAAUGCUCGCCUCCUCGAUAUGUCUUCGACUACCGCUUUGCAGUAUCCUUCUUCGUUUUCCUUUGGAACAACGCCCUCAACAUUGCCAUUGGCCAAUGCAUCAUUGCCGGCGCUGUUGGUGUUUGGUUCUUCACACCUAACGCCGAGAAGGGGAAGAGGGGAGCCAUCAAGACAUCGGUCUGGAAUGUCUUCCGCUAUCACCUUGGCUCGCUGGCCUUCGGCUCCUUCAUCAUCGCAGUCAUCCAAUUCAUUAGGUACCUGAUGAAUUACUUCGAGAAGCAGGCGAAGGCGCAGAAGAAUCGCGUAAUGGCAUUGAUUUUGCGCUGCCUUCAGUGCUGCAUGUAUUGCUUCGAGCAAUGCAUCAGGUUCUUGAACAAGAACGCAUACAUCCAGAUCGCGCUCAUGGGCACCAACUUCUGCACCUCUGCGAAAGCUGCCUUCUUCCUCAUUCUGCGGAACGCCUUGCGCUUCGGGACGGUCGCGUUGUUGAGCACCAUGGUGAACCUCAUUGGUUUCUUCUUCAUUGUGGCUGCAUCCGUUGGUUUGGGCUACCUCUUCCUGCAAGCCUUACAUCCCGACAUGGCCUUCGUGAUUCCCUUGCUGAUGUACGCCAUGAUGGCCUAUGUGGUGGCGAAGCUGUCCGUGUUCUUUUUCCACAUUCAGCCUCUUAACCUGGACGUUUCUGAACGUCUUCGGCUUGGCAGUGGAUAGCACCCUUCAGUGCUUCCUGGCCUGUGAAGAGAUGGACCUCUUGGGUGACUUCGUUCCGGGUGAGAUGUCCAAGUGGUUGGACAAGGGCCACAGCAUUGAGGAUGCGCACAAAAAGGACGUACCUUAAGAGAUUGAUGCUGACAUAUGCCAAGCAUGCUGACCUCUUGCCCAGCUGGGCGGGGUGGAAGCCUGGCUGACGUUGUUAUUGAUUCCUGCGAUGGCUCCAAAGCUUAUGAGCACUCGCUCGCGACGUUCUGCCCUUUUGCUGCUAAAGCAUGCUAAAGCACUGCGGGCGGAAGAAGUGUGUUGCAAACGACCCUUGACACCACACCGGCUUGGCACAACACGUGCCAAAGCCAGGGGCUCGAAUUCGGCCAAAGCUGGAGAUAAUAAAGGC